CUUAGUUUGUCAACACUGCGCGCAAUAGGUAAACUGUCGCUGCAAAAAUGCAGGCCCUUCAGAGCCACUCGUCUAACGCGCUGCUGAAGCGUGCAUGCGCGCGCACCGCCACACUGCCCGUGGUCGCUGCUCGUACGAACCGGCGUCUUAGCACUGUUGCCCGCGCAGCGGCUGACGCGGCCGGCGUGAACCCUUUCGCGGCCGCUGCCCCUGGUCUUGCCCCGUCCCCGGCCAGCACCCCGGCGCCCGCCGCGCCUUCAAACGACCAGGGCGAUGGCUGGACCACCCAUACCUGGAAGUGGCGUGGCUACACCAUUUCCUAUAAAACGGCGGGUUGCGGCGAGCCCAUCCUUUUGGUGCACGGCUUUGGCCUGAGCUCCUUCCAUUACCGCCACCAGCUGCGGACCCUCGGGCAGAAAUACAAGGUGUACGCCAUCGACCUGCUGGGCUUUGGCGGUUCCUCCAAGCCUAUUAUCCAGUACAGCAUGGAGCUGUGGCGCGACCUGCUUGUGGACUUCAUGGCCGAGUUCAUGGGCGGCAAGCCGGCCGUGCUGGUGGGCAACAGCAUCGGCGCCUUGGCGUGCCUCAUGACCAACGUGGCGGCUCCGGAGGGUGCGGUUCGUGGCACGGUACUGCUGAACUCGGCGGGCGCGAUGAACAACAAGGGCGUGAUCGGCGACUGGCGCAUCGUGGCCGUGUACCCGCUGCUGUUGCUGAUCGACUUCCUGCUGUCCAUCCCCGCCGUGUCGGCGGCGCUGUUCAAGAACCUCGCGCGCAAGGAAAACAUCAGCCAGAUCCUCAAGGACGGCGUGUACCGCGACCCCAGCAAGGUGGAUGCGCGCCUAGUGGACGAGAUCCUAGCCCCCAGCCAGGACCCGGGUGCUCGCGAGGUGUUCGUAUCCGUCAUCACCGGUCCGCCCGGCCCCAAGCCCUGGCAGCUCAUGCCGCAGCUCAAGGGGCCGCUGCUGGUGCUGUGGGGAGACAAGGACACGCUCACGCCCGCGGACGGCCCCGUGGGCAAGUACCUCAAGGACCUGCCCGGCAAGCGGCCCGACACGUCGUUUGUGAUGCUGGAGGACGUGGGGCACUGCCUGCACGACGACCGGCCCGAGCUAGUGCACAGCCACCUGCUGCCCUGGCUGGAGGCCGUCAUGGCGGGCCGCCCCACCUGCGCCCAAGUGGGCACCAGCACCACCAGCACCAGCAGCACCAGCAGCGCACCCGUCCUGAUUGGAGAGGAUGAUGUGGUGGGCUUGGCGUCUGCCUCGGUGUCGGGCUCGGAGGCUGAGGUGGAGCUGGCUCCCACGGGCGCGGAGAAGGAGGCGCCCGCCUCGCAAUGAUCCCCGCCUCUCACCUGUUUUAAUCAAUUGGGGAAGUGUGUGUCGUUCAUUAUCGUGUUAUCACAGGCACGUGAGUGGUCGUGGUAUCUGCGGUUGCACGCCACAAGUUUUGAAGACUUAACUUCGACGUAAUGAGAGAUUACGGAAAUUGUUUGGCUGGGGUUUAUUUCAAGGUAUGAAUGACCGUAACACUGCAGUGGCUGUCCCUGCGCACACGCGGCAGUGCCUGACAUGCGCAGACCCACAAAUGUGUACCGGUACUGCAGGUUAGCCGUAUGAUUUUAUAUAGGAAGAGUGGCUGUGUUGAAUGAAGUUAGGGGAUGGUGAGCACGAGAGAGUAACGCGAGCGAAUGCGGUAACAAGGAGACUCGCACAAGGGCUUCGAGCGGGUUCACGUGCCUUUACGGCUUUACGCAACACGCUGAAACGGCUGAGGAAGGGGUGGAGCGGUUGGCGCCUCUCCGGCGCGGCACUGUGAAGUUGUAGCGCUGACACAUAAAGCGCCGAUGCAAAGGACUCCCCAUGAGGCCCUGAGCGCCCUGACGUGGAUUGGGUCUGAAUAUGCUCAUGGUCCGCCAGUCACAAGUCAGGAAAUUUCAGAGCCCGUAUCGACACGAUUACAAUAACUUUCUGUUACCCUUCUAUCU